AGCGAGUAGGGUUGAGGUGAGGGGUGAUCAAUCAUUGAACAUUUUCUGCUCUCACCGCAUGAGCUGCAAGGUUUCGAAAUUUAUAAUCCGACGAAUUUUGAAUUGAAAAUAUUGUAUUACAUCCAUCAAUAAUGACUCUAUAUCACUUUGGAAACUGCGUUGCUUUGGUUUACGUACCUUACUACAUGACCUACAAAUACUCCGGAUUAUCUGAAUAUGGAGCGUUCUGGAAGUGUAUUCAAGCUGGUGGCAUUUACAUAUUUACCCAACUAUGUAAAAUGUUGGUUCUCGCUACGUUCUUUCCUGAUACGGAAAGUUUCACAUCAGGUGAACAUUUCAAUGUUAUAGCGGAAUUCCUACGGUGCAGCGUAGAUUUGGUGGAUCUGUUGGGAUUGGCAUUUGUGUUGUCGAAAAUCCCUGGUAAAGGUCAUAGUAAACUGAUAACAGCCGGUCUCGGUUGGGCUACGGCGGAAGUGAUAUUAUCCCGCGGUCUCAUGCUCUGGGUGGGAGCCCGUGGAGCAGAAUUUUCUUGGAUCUACAUUCAGCGUUGCCUAGAAUCGAACAUCCUGUUGGUGCAACAUCUGACCACGGCUACACUGUUGUGGCUUUUUUCUCGCCAUGAUCUGGAAAAGAAGUACGUCCCAUUGGUGAUUGCUCUGCUGGUGGCCAUUUCGUUCCGUGGUGUCUGGUUGGAAGGAAUGCUCCAGGGAAUGUCUGCUGGACCGUGGUUCGGACUAUCUUUGAAGGCACUGAUCACCGCUUGCAUCGGCUUUGUAACCCUGCACGUUUACUCGGGAUUAGCUCAAUCCAUUGGCUUGUAGAGCAGAAGAACUGUGGUUCGACGAUCAGUUCUGAAUAGUUGGGAAUUAUUUGUCAUUACCAAUUUCAUCUUACCAAUAAGCCUAUGACCAUUAAUUUUCUUAUUUAAACAUAACCAAUAGGUUUCAUGCUAAAUUCCGUUGAUAAGUUUGUUGAAAAUGAGAAAACGUUUUGUUUGUUGAAAUUCGUGUGUAGUUUUAUUGUUUUUUCACAAUUCAUUUCGUAUAAUAAGAGCAGUGUCCAAAUAUAGGUUGUAAAUUAUAUCAAUAUAAAUAUGGUAUGAUGAAACUUAAUCUAGAA